CGGAUCUUGACCAUUGUGUUCGUUCACCCUGAGCAUCCAUUGAAAUUGGCGACAAGCCGUGUUCGCUAAACCACGUUUGGGUUAAGGAGCGCUUAAAUCGGUCGCUUCCGCUCGGUCUUGGAUCACGUGUGGUGCACUGUCAAGAACAACACAAAGUCAAUAUCUCCGCGUGCAAGUCCCGCAAACCAUUAGCCGACCAGUAUCUGCAUCCCCGCAUUUUCAUACGCGUGCGUAUCUAGUAUCUCAGUUAGUAGCUGGUUAUCAGUAUGCCAAGCAUGAUGCAUACUCCUCUACAGGUAGCCAUGGUCUAUAAGAGCACUUCCUCCGUCAGAACCCAGUGGACAUCGACAACCACCAUCACUUCAACGCUAUCUUCAAUCAACAUCGAAUCUGAUCCCCUCCAACAAUGUCUGUUACGAACGAAAAAAAGGACAGCCAGGAGUAUCCAGACAAGGACCAAGUCCUUACUGAGCUCGGCGAUGUCCUCGCCACCAGGGAGGCCCUCAGUCCAGAGGAAGACCGGCGUAUCUUGCGUAAGAUUGACUUGAACCUACUCCCGAUCAUGGGCUUGUCGUACAUGUUCCAAUUCCUCGACAAAUCGGCAUUAGGCUACACUGCGAUCAUGGGCUUGCAGACUGAUCUCAAUAUGUCUGGAGGACAAUACAGCUGGGCUAGCGGCAUAUACUAUUUCGGCUAUCUGGCUGCAUCAUACCCUGCUGCGGCCUUGAUAGUGCGCUUUCCUGUCGCUCGGACCAUCGCAGUCUCUGUCAUUGUUUGGGGCGCAAUUCUUAUGCUUACUGCGACUUGCUUCAAUGCUGAAAGCCUCCUCGCUAUACGCUUCUUUCUCGGUGCAGCUGAAGCAGCGAUUGGUCCAGGCUUGACCGUCAUCGUGGCCAUGUGGUACAAAAGGUCUGAACAACCUUUGAGGCACGGAGCUUGGUUCAUGGGCAACGUUGUGGCUGGUAUCUUCGGCGGUAUACUUGCAUACGGUGUUGGACAUGUUCGUAGUAUCGAGCCUUGGAAGGCCGUCUUCUUGCUAUUUGGAGCACUCACUGUAGCGUGGUCCGCUGCCAUCUACUUCUUCCUUCCGAACGAACCGUCGAACGCGCGUUUCCUCAACACGGCCGACAGAGCAAAAACCAUUGAUCGCGUGCAAGAGAACAUGACUGGCAUUAAGAACAACACAUGGAAAUGGGGUCAGUCGAUCGAAGCAUUGCUUGAUGUCAAGAUCUGGCUUCUAGUUGCGAUCCAACUUGCACAGAACAUCGCGAAUGGUGGUCUUCACGGGUUCGGCUCCAUCGUCAUCAAGGGCAUGGGCUUCUCGACGCUAAACACACUGCUUGUCCAGAUGCUCGGUCAAGUAUUCCAAGGCGUCUUCGUCAUCAUCGGCACCGCUGGCAGCACCUACGUUCGCAACACCCGCACGUACUUCAUGGCUUGGAAUCUCGCCGUCGCGCUUGUCGGCGCUGUGAUGAUUCGGGAGAUCCAACCUACCCAGAUCUGGGCACGGUUCAUGGGCUACUGCUUUUGCAUUGCUUUCUCAGCGAACUUCCCUAUGGUUCUGAGCAUGUCGAGUGGCAACAUCGGUGGCUUUACAAAGAAGAACACUGCAAACGCAAUGAUCUUCAUCGCAUAUUGCACAGGCAACAUCAUCGGCCCGCAGCUGUUCUUUGCCAACGAGGCUCCAAGCUACCCGUCAGGCUUUCUUGCAAUGAUGGUCUGUUGCGGUACGGCACUCGUUCUGUGCUUUGUUCUCCGCAUCUAUCUGAUCUGGGAGAAUAACAAGCGGGAUUGCGAGACUGGCCUCGAAGGCAUUUCCGCAGAUGAGGCUGGGGACAUGAACUAUGCGGAUAUGACCGACAAGGAGAUGAGGUCUUUCCGCUAUGUAUACUAGAGAUUGGAUUAAGCAGCAUUGGAAUGCUUGGUAUGGACUCCAGAAAUAUCGUACUGAAAGAUACUAGGCAGACUUCCAGACAUGCCGUUCAAGAAGCCUCGACGCGUCAAGCGGCAAGAGUGAAUGAUGACGACACGCUAGUCACUAGUGUGUUACUGAGACCCACUCUCUCCUGCGGCUCACCUGCCACCAUCCACCAUCAGCAUCAAUAUCACAGACAACAGGAACAGGUAUCUCUCGCAAGUGACUACAGAUUGUUUCCAGCA